GUCGCCGGCAGUCAUGGCGGGCGUCGCAGCCUUCGUGCCGCUCCCCGCGGGCGCCCCUCUGGCGGGCCCUGCCGCGGCAGUGCCCCGCGCGCCGCCCGGCCUCGCGGCGGGGCCCCCCGCGGGGGCCGCGCUGCGGGGCGGGCGGGCUGCCGCGCUGCCGCUCGCUGUGGGCGCGGCUGCGGGUCUCGCGGGCGCGGCCGCCGCGAGGCCGUCGCGCCCGCGGCCGAGGGGCGCGAGGACCGGGGUGGCCGCCGAGAAGGAGCCCGAGAAGCCGCAGGUGCCUCCAGUGCGCAUCCCGCAGAUCUCGACGAAAGGGGGCCAGAUCGACGUUAUGUCUCGCCUUCUGCAGGAUCGGAUCCUCAUCCUCGGGGGCCAGGUGAACGACGAGAUGGCCAAUGUGCUGAUCGCGCAGAUGCUCUAUCUGGCGAACAAGGAUGCCGAGAAGGAGAUAACCAUAUACAUAAAUUCCCCUGGCGGCUCCGUCUCCGCCGGGCUGGCGAUCUACGACACCAUGCAGUUCGUGCCCUGUGACGUGAACACGGUGUGCUUCGGCAUGGCGGCGUCGAUGGGCGCCUUCCUGCUCGGCGCGGGCACAAAGGGGAAGCGCAAGGCGCUGCCCAACUCGCGCAUCAUGAUCCACCAGCCCCUCGGCGGCGCGGGUGGCCAGGCGGCCGACAUAGAGAUCCAGGCCAGGGAGAUCCUGUUCCUGCGCGACAUCCUCAACGUGCACCUCGCGGACUUCACCGGGAAGCCGCAAGAGACUAUCGCCGCUGACUGCGACCGCGACUAUUUCAUGACCCCGGAGGAAGGCGUGGAGUACGGGAUCAUCGACGAAGUGAUAAAAACCCGGUCUUGGCCGCGCUUGCAGAAGCCGGAGAAGCCGACGAUGUGA